GUGCUCUCCCGAUCCAGCCGGGACAGCUAGGCGGAGACCGCCGGGCUGAAGACCGCGCCGGCCCAGGCCACCCGCCCUCCCGGCGGCUGCGGCGCGGACACAUCCAACCGACAGCGCGGUGUGCGGGAAGCGCCCGGCCAUGUUCAGCCGGAGCUCACGGAAAAGACUGUCCCGCCGCUCGGUGAGUGUCCUCCACCCGAGCGGGGCCGCCCUCCCGGUCCCCACCGCCGGCAGCCAGCGCCCGGGCCCAGCCCCUCUCCGCCCCGCGGCCGCGCACCUGUGGCCCCAGUUGACCGGACUGGGUCGGAUUGAGAGAGGCCAGCCAUGUAACGCCUGUGGUGACCAGUGCCCUGGGUUCGCCUUGCAUAAAUGGAGGAAGAUCUGCCUGCACUGCAAGUGUCCUCAGGAGGAGCACAUGGUAACGGUGAUGCCGCUGGAGAUGGAGAAGACCAUCAGCAAACUCAUGUUUGACUUCCAGAGGAACUCGACCUCAGACGAUGACUCGGGCUGUGCUCUGGAAGAGUACGCCUGGGUUCCCCCGGGGCUGAAGCCUGAGCAGGUGCACCAGUACUACAGCUGCCUUCCGGAAGAGAAAGUCCCUUAUGUCAACAGUCCUGGAGAGAAAUUGCGAAUCAAGCAGCUACUGCACCAGCUCCCUCCCCAUGACAAUGAGGUUCGAUACUGCAACUCCCUGGAUGAGGAAGAGAAGAGGGAGCUGAAGCUAUUCAGCAACCAGAGGAAACGUGAGAACUUGGGCCGAGGAAAUGUCAGGCCCUUCCCUGUUACCAUGACAGGAGCAAUUUGUGAACAGUGCGGAGGACAGAUUAAGGGCGGGGACAUCGCUGUGUUCGCAUCACGUGCUGGCCAUGGCAUCUGCUGGCAUCCACCCUGCUUUAUAUGCACUGUCUGCAAUGAGCUUUUGGUUGACUUGAUCUACUUUUACCAAGAUGGGAAGAUCUACUGUGGUAGGCACCAUGCUGAGUGCCUGAAGCCGCGCUGUGCAGCCUGUGACGAGAUCAUCUUUGCAGAUGAGUGCACAGAAGCUGAGGGGCGGCACUGGCACAUGAGACAUUUCUGCUGCUUCGAGUGUGAGACCGUGCUGGGCGGCCAGCGCUACAUCAUGAAGGAGGGCAGGCCCUACUGCUGCCACUGCUUCGAGUCCCUGUGCGAGUAUUGCGACACCUGUGCCCAACAUAUAGGGAUCGACCAAGGUCAGAUGACCUAUGACGGCCAACACUGGCAUGCUACAGAGACCUGUUUCUGCUGCGCUCAUUGUAAGAAGUCCCUCUUGGGGCGACCGUUCCUCCCAAAGCAGGGCCAGAUAUUCUGCUCACGGGCCUGCAGUGCCGGGGAGGACCCAAAUGGCUCUGACUCCUCUGAUUCGGCCUUCCAGAACGCCAGAGCCAAAGAGUCUCGCCGCAGUGCCAAAAUCGGCAAGAACAAAGGCAAAACAGAGGAGGCCAUGCUGAGCCCGCACAACCAGCUGCAGGUGAGUUCAAACCGGCUCUCAGCUGAUGUGGACCCCCUGUCAGUGCAGAUGGAUCUCCUCAGCCUAUCUAGCCAGACGCCCAGCCUCAACCGGGACCCCAUUUGGAGAAGCCGGGAUGAGCCCUUCCAUUAUGGGAACAAGAUGGAACAGAACCAAUCCCAGAGUCCUUUGCAGCUCCUCAGCCAGUGCAACAUCAGAACUUCCUACGGUCCAGGUGGGCAGGGAGCAGGAGCCCAGCCUGACGUGUGGGCCAAGCACUUCAGCAACCCCAAGAGAAGCUCGUCAAUGGCCAUGAAGGGGCAUGGUGGCAGCUUUAUCCAGGAAUGCCGUGAGGACUAUUACCCAGGGAGGCUGAUGUCCCAGGAGAGCUACAGCGAUAUGUCCAGCCAAAGCUUUAGUGAAACCCGAGGCAGCAUCCCAGUUCCCAAGUAUGAGGAGGAGGAGGAGGAAGAGGAAGAAGAAGGUGGCAUAUCUACGCAGCAGUGCCGGCCCCGACGUCCACUCAGUUCCCUGAAAUACACAGAGGACAUGACGCCCACAGAACAGACUCCUCGUGGCUCGAUGGAAUCACUGGCCCUGUCGAAUGCAACAGGUCUGUCUGCCGAAGGUGGUGCCAAGCGCCAGGAGCACCUAUCUCGGUUUUCCAUGCCUGACCUCAGCAAAGACUCUGGAAUGAAUGUCUCAGAAAAGCUGAGCAACAUGGGCACUCUCAACUCCUCCAUGCAAUUCAGGAGCGCCGAGUCUGUCCGCAGCCUGCUGUCCGCACAACAGUACCAGGAGAUGGAGGGGAACCUUCACCAGCUCAGCAACCCCCUAGGGUACAGGGACCUGCAGUCCCAUGGAAGGAUGCACCAGAGCUUUGAUUUUGAUGGCGGCAUAGCGAGCAGCAAGCUGCCGGGGCAGGAAGGUGUGCGCAUCCAGCCCAUGAGUGAGCGCACCCGGAGGAGAACUACUUCCAGGGAUGACAACCGCCGCUUCCGCCCGCACAGGUCCCGAAGGUCCCGACGCUCACGCUCAGACAACGCCCUGCACCUAGCCAGCGAGCGGGAGGUCAUCGCUCGGUUGAAGGAAAGGCCCCCUCUGAGAGCCAGGGAGGACUAUGACCAGUUCAUGCGUCAACGGAGCUUCCAGGAGAGCCUGGGGCAGGGGUCCCGGCGGGAUCUGUACAGCCAGUGUCCCAGGACUGUGUCAGACCUGGCUUUGCAGAAUGCCUUUGGGGAUCGAUGGGGACCCUACUUCACGGAGUAUGAUUGGUGCUCCACCUGCUCCUCCUCCUCAGAGUCCGACAAUGAGGGCUACUUCCUAGGAGAACCCAUCCCCCAGCCAGCCCGCCUGCGAUAUGUCACAAGUGAUGAGCUGUUGCACAAGUACAGCUCUUACGGUGUCCCCAAAUCCUCCACCUUAAGUGGCAGAGGACAGUUGCACAGCAGGAAAAGACAGAAGAGCAAAAACUGUAUCAUUUCAUAAUGUGAUUGGGAUCGGGGAAUGGGGGAAGUUGGAAGCGAAGAAUGUAGCCGCAGAAGCGUGCACUGUUGGGAAUUCUCAAGUGCUCUUGGGGACGGUUCGUAGGGGAAAGAUGGAGAAUGCUCUCAGUUGAGGGAGGCAAGGCUGCAGGUUGACUUGGUAGAUACACUUGAUGUCACAGUUUUGGGCAUGUUAAAUAUGAUUUGCACCUUCCACUUUGGAAAACACCGGCAGUGGAGGCCAGGGUAGGCCAUGUCCUUCCAAGGUGGAGUGGCCAUUUACCAGACGACACAUUGUAACCUGCUCACUUAGAUUCUUUCUGGUUCUCUUCCUUUUAGGACCCCUUUUCCAGUAAAUACUUUAUUAGCCAGGACCCCCAACUAAGUUAUUUACAUGUCCAUUGUAAAUGCAAUGUAAAUGAGAGUUCUGAUAAAAUAUUUUUGUAUUUUGUAAUAACAAAAGAAUUUCUAUAUCGUAGGAUCAGUGGGGACUUGCAUGCAUGUCCACCAUUAUCUUUGAGUGAUAGUACCUGGUGGCCCAGGAACACCUGGCUUUUGUUGUUGGUUUUGGUUUGGUUUGGUUUUCUUUCUAUACAAAUCUGUUACAUGUCAGUGAGACUAUUUUCAGAGAAAUAACAUUCAAUUUGGCUUUUUGUGGCUGAAAAAAAAAAUAACUAUUCUACCCAAAGCAUUUUAUGCUCUAGUCCAUUGAAAGGAGUCGUCUUUAAGUCUGUUCCCACUCUCGGUAGAAUUUAUUCUCUACAAAGUAAGUAGGGUUUUUUUUUUUAUUGCAAAUGUCGCUUUUGCUGAUUAGAGAUAUCAACCAGUGUCAGUCCAGUUCUGUGAGAAAUGCCAUCCCUGUUUGGAACCUUGAAGUUGCUUAAUGUCGAUCUGUCCCUUGGGGGGAAUCAAAGUGACUGUGAGUGGUGCCAAUGUGUGCUGUCAGCAUGGCGUUGUUUUGAAUGUGGAAUUAUUGUUUGGUGCUCAUGUGUCCUGGAUUGUAUUUUCUGCUUUCUACUUCCCAGGCAGACAGAGCUGCUGCCUUAGCCUGACAACUGUUAGUCCUCAUAGCACGUGAGCUUCGGCGUUUGGCACUGAAGGACAGAAGGAUGCUGCGGAAGCGCUCUGGGUACGGCAGUGUGGCGCACUUUACACUUGGGUAGGGAACAAGGAGAUUUGAAAACACAAAGCAGGUAGAUGUUGAAGGGGGGGGAUAUGAAGGAAAGUCAAGGGAAAAGAACUUGUAGAGAGAAAGAAGAGAGGUGACAGCCACCUUAACUAGUCCCCACUGCCUUCGAGAGAAUCCAGUUUGACAAGCUUGGUCGCCACAGGGGCUGGCUUAUUACCCAGGAGGGUCAAGCUGCUGAGUGGUAGGGUAAGAACAUGGGAAAACAGACCUUGUGGCAAGAGAGAUUUCCAUUUUGAACUUUGAGGACUGUUGUUCAGACAGACAGGCUCAAGAGUGAGUUUGCUUAAAGAAGACAUUUCACUGCCCGUAGAGUAAAUAUAGAGUGAAAUAAAACUUCUUGCCUCGCUUUAGUUUAAAAAAAAACAAAAACGAAGCACUUGCUCUUGGUCCAUUCUCUUCCUCUCCUCAGUGGAUUGUGGCAAAAAUCCACUGGAGGACCCACCUUUUGUGAGAUGUGCUGUCCCCGUAAUGCACAGUGUGUCUCCGUGGCCAUUUGCCAUGAUAAGGCGAGCAUGGUCUCUCUUCAGUAUAGUACUUAACAUUUUCUAGGGUUUUUUGGGUUUUUUUUUUUAAUGGAGAGAAUGUGAAAAGGGGCUUCUCAGACGCCAUCCUAAAUGGGUCUGGGGAAACAAGGACUGAAAGGGAUGUGAUGAUGAUACUCCAGGGUGUAUUAAAAUGAUUUGCUUUUUAGGUAUUACUAUGACAUUUGUCAUUGUCACUGAUUUUUUUAGAAGAGCAAUGGGAAUGUUGGUUGUGGCUGUUUUCCGCAUGCUAUCUUCAUAUCUAAAUGUUUCAUUAAUUAUCCGAGCCUCUGGAGAAUUAACGCUAUUACCUUUGUAUAGUAAGUUAAUAAACUGCUUGGCAAACUGUUUAGGAGACAAAUAGGCAGCGGUGAGCCACUGAAGUGGCUGGUUUCCGGUAGACAUUGGGUGAGUCCAGUUUGGAGCUUCAAGUUUGUUGAUUGGUGAGAACUAAAAGGUAUUAUUGGGCAAGGAGAAGAGAGGGAAGUAGGUCAUCUAGCCAAUGGCUGAAACCAUGUGUCCUCUCUGGCCCCAAAUCCAAUGAAAGAAAUUCUCCCGUUGAAAGUUUUUUCCUUACUCUGUCCUUGGCAGAGUACCUCUUACAUUUCCCAGAGACAGUUUGAGUCACCCUCAGCCCGAAGAAGAAAGCAGCCUAGAAACUGCUUCAGGAACAUCAAGAUCAUUCUGGUCAAAACUGAGCAUAUAAUGAGAUACAGGCUUCAGGGUCCAACUGUUCACCAGCAAGACCACCUCCUUCGAUUUCUUCCCAUUCUAAAUGCAGAGAGGCGCCUUACAGAGAAAGCCAUUUGAAGAAGGCCAAUUCUUCACAAUGGUCGUGGGCCCUUCAAGUGACUGCCCAGUAAUGGGCAGAACGUCACUGAACUAGAAUUUCUUUAGCUUUAGGUAAUAACUUUGCUUAGAGCUAUAGCUCUACGGUUGAGUUCAUCUCAUACUGCUGCUGCCAGAUCCAACACCAGCUAAGCCAGCACUCUUCUCCAGUCCAAGGAGUGUGUAAGUGAUGGUAAGUUUCCUGAGUGGUCUUGCUAGGGCAUCCCACCUUUGGUACUGUGAAAAGGUUCCAGGCUGACACGGUAGCAUUGAGUGUGGCCUUCGGGGGCCCUCCCUUCCUUCUGUCCUAUACAGUUCUGGACUCUCUACCGUGUGUGACGGUGAAGGGAGGUGAGGAAAAUCAGACCUCACUUCCUGGCUUUUAACAUGCACAAAGGAGAAUUGCUGGUGUUGGUUGUCUGAAACCCUCUUUCCACAUUCUGUACUCCAUCCUUCACUCUCCCAGCAGCUGUGUGAGCAGUCUGGAUUUUUCUGAUAUGGAAAGUCAUUUUUUUUUUUUCCUAUAGAAUGCUCCUCCUACAGAGCUGUAACAAGAUGGCGUUUCCUACUCCUCUUCUGAAAGUUUCUGCUCCUUAUGGCCUAUUAGCCAUUUUUACCUUCAGGUGGAGCCAGUGGUGGCGUGAAUGUAGCGCUUGCCCUGCUCUCCUUGCCACCUCAGCAGAUGAUAGGCAAUGGAUUAGUACAGACUUUCCAAGGAAAGUAGAGUCUCGUCCCAGGCAUCUUCACAACUAGUCGGACAGGCCUAGCUGACUGGAGCCGGUCUUCUCUGUCUUGUGACACAUCUUAGACAUGAGCUGAUUCUUCCCUGGGUCCCUGGGAAAGAAGCAGUACACCAGACAUCUAGGAAGCAGCCAUCAUUAACAAUGGGGAGACUCCAUUUCUUCGUCCUCCCACACUGUGGAAGCUAAAGGAAGCUGACCUCUUAGGCCAAACAAGGCCCUCUCUGGCCCACUUUUUCAUGCUCAGGGUCUUUGCCAGUUUUGUGGGCGGCAGCUGCUCACUUUGCUGAGGUCAGAUAUGAAUUCUUCUGUUUCCUCAUCUGACCCCUCCUUAUAGGGACCUAGAACACUUACAUUCCAAAGGGCAGUGUCCUUUGCACGCUCCUAAAGAGACCAGACGCUGUGCUCCACCAAGAUCCACCUACAACCAAGGAAAGAGGAAAACUGAACCAGUGGCCCAAAUGUCACAUGCAGGCAGAGUCGUUACUGGCCCCUGUGUGGUAUCUCCAGGCUCUGCACAUCAAGUUCCACAGGUUUCCACUACUGAUCUUGAAGGCAGUUGCAGAUUAGCACCUUUUGAAAAGUUCAUCUCUUUGAGCAUAAGGCAAGUGGGAAUGAACCCUUUGCCUUCCCCUCAGCGGUUUGCCCCGGAGUUUGUCUGUAUGACCGUCUAGAAGCCAUGAAGGUCAGGCUGGAGGAAGGAUUGGUUUCUUUUUCUAUUUUCUCCUGCUAGGAAUCCAGUCAUCACAAGCCCCCUAUGGAGCAUGACUCACCGUUGGAAGCUAUUGCUGUUAUAUAAAUUCAUUUCCUGCUUCCAGAACCAGCCUCCCUCGGGGGAAUAAAAAGGAGACUGGAAAGGUCACAUGCUGCUAGCAGACAUUUCUAUGGUUCAAAUGUGAUGAACUCACAAGACAGAUGUCUAGUUCUAUCUUGCACAUUUUCUAAGGAAACCUUUAUGGUCUGGGCAUUUGGCCAUGGCAUGUUCAAUAGGUCACCGAUCAAACAUUUCUAAAUUUUGGGAGAUUGCUUGCCAAUAAGACCUCCUCUUGAGUCUAUCUACCUGAUUUCCAUAGUUUUCAAUAAAGUAUUCUGGUUUAAUUCUGACCCUGAGGUAACAACCUAAGACCUAUGACUCCUCUGUAUUCUUCAGCAAACUAGGCCAGCAUCUAUUCUCUUAAACUCAUUCCUUCCUGCACAGAGUUGCUUUGCCCAGAUCCUAUUUAAUUCCACAUGCAUAAACAAAACCUCAGAGGGCCCGAGAAGGUAAAGCAGGCUGGAGUCUGUGUUAUCUGUAAGUGUCAAGCUGUUUGUUAGGAAGGCCUGUCACAGGCCUUUGGCGUGGGCUCUGCCAGAGACUGUUCUGAACACUUUGCUUGAGAUCCGUGCCCUGUAAAGUGGAUAUGAUGUUUUACUGAUUCUGUAAUACAUUUGUAAACUUCCAAUAAAAUUUGAAUAAAAGAAAUGAUGUCACUCUU